AUGAUUCGUGAUCUUGAUUCGAAGAAGUAUGACGGGUUUCUCCAGUUAAUUGUUGAGUGCCUCAGGUAUUCUCCUCUAGUCAUAACUCUUACCAAGUCUGAGUGUCUUCCACUAGUUCAUCUCUCAAAAGCCUUCUCUAUUUCUAGUUAUCAAAAAAGGGAAGAGAUGGGCUACAAGGAAUCCAUCAGUGCUAUUUCCAAGUUUAAAAAGCCUAACCUGCCGCCGAUGUGGAACGGCUUAUUUACGCUGCUCUUCAAAAGCUUCUCUAAAUGGGUUACAGGUUCGGAUUGUGCAAGCAAGCUCUUCAUGACCCUGAUUUUAAUUCCAGAAGUGAUGCUUCGUGAUAUUCCGACACCAAGCAAGACUUUGCAAGCGUAUCGCAGUUUUCCCCUUUCAGGCUUUCGCCCCUUGACAAAUGAUAUGCGAAAGGUCCUUGAAGAGGCGGAUAAACCCAAGAUGGGAGGGAAGAAGAAAGGCAUGAAGGUUGGUGUCUCGCAAUCCGAACCUCCUUUUCUCAAUGAUUCCACUACAAUCACCACUACUUUCACUAUUGAUCCUCCAGUAACUAUCAACACAUUUGAUACGGGGGCAAGUGCUUCGGGAUUUACAGUUGGUCAUAUCUUUCCAACCAUCUCUCCUUUCCGCCAGGAUGAUCCAGACGCUAUAUUUGGUGGUGAUUAUGACCACUUCACAGGAUUUACUUACAGUCCUUUUAACAUUCAGACUAAAAGUGAUGACGAAGCUCCCGUCACAAGAGGGCAACUCAAUGCAAUUAAUGAAAAACUAGAUUUGUUGCUUUAG